AUGACGCCCUCCGCGGCGUUUAUAGCGUCCUUUCUUGCGCUCCCGCAGCUAUCAACCGCUUUCUACCUCCCUGGGGUUGCGCCAACCUCAUACAAAGUCGGCGACCUUGUGCCAUUAAAUGUCAAUCGAUUGACUCCAGUCGGCUCGCAAGAAGACGGAACGCUUCGCUCCGUGGUAUCCUUCGAUUACUAUCAUCCAGCCUUUCAUUUCUGCAGGCCGGAACCGGCACCCAAAGAUGUAUCAGAGAGCUUGGGGAGUAUACUCUUUGGCGAUCGUAUUAGGACGUCGCCGUUUGAGCUGAAGAUGGCACAGAAUGAGACCUGCAGAACGCUUUGUAGUGAUGUAGUUUACGACGAGAGCUCCGCGCAUUUUGUAAAUCGACGAAUAGCCCAGGGCUUUGCGCUGAAUUGGUUGGUGGAUGGACUACCCGCUGGCCAGUUGAUUGAGGAUGAUGUUACGCAGACAAAGUUUUAUAGUCAAGGCUUUGCGCUUGGGAGUGCCGACCAGAAAGAAAUGCAUCUGAACAACCAUUACGACAUAUUAAUCGAUUACCACGAAACAUCCGCAGGAGAAUAUAGAGUCGUCGGUGUCAUAGUCCAGCCAGACUCGAGACUGAAGCAUGCGGACGGCAACACCCCCGCUCAUUGUGGCAGGGUUGACAGCAACAAUAGAGGAGUGCCAAUCACCCUGUCGGAAACUGAGGAGACCAAUGUAGACUUUACAUACAGUGUGUAUUGGAGGGAAUCUCCGACUGCUUGGGCUACACGAUGGGACAAGUAUCUCCACGUUUUCGACCCCAAAAUCCACUGGUUCUCUCUUAUUAACUCGGCCGUCAUUGUUAUCGUGCUUGUUAUUACCGUCGUCUCUGUACUCCUUCGGACCCUGAGAAAAGAUAUCCAGAGAUACAACCGUCUCGAUUCGAUCAACCUCGAUGACCUUUCAGGGACCUCGGCGGCAGUUGAAGACGGUGUGCAAGAAGAUUCGGGAUGGAAACUUGUGCAUGGGGAUGUAUUUCGUACGCCAAGUUCACCACUUAUCUUGAGUGUAUUCCUCGGAAAUGGUGCACAGCUGUUCGUGAUGACUGGAUUUACGAUCGCUUUUGCGCUUCUCGGCUUCCUUUCACCGUCGAACCGCGGUUCCCUAGGCACCAUCAUGGUCCUUCUUUAUACCGUACUGGGUUUCAUUGGGGGCUAUGUUUCUUCCCGCGUUUACAAGUCUUUCGGUGGUGAAAGUUGGAAGCUCAAUAUCGCCUUGACUCCACUUAUGGUUCCUGGAAUCGUCUUCGCAACCUUUUUCCUUUUGAACCUCUUCUUGUGGGCAAAGCAAAGUUCUGGCGCUGUCCCAUUCACUACUAUGCUCGUUAUUGUCAGCAUAUGGUUCAUCAUUUCCGUACCCUUAUCCUUUGCGGGUAGUUGGGUAGGUUUCCGCCAGCCUGCCAUUCAACCUCCAGUCCGAACCAACCAAAUUCCACGCCAAAUCCCACCUAGCACAACGUAUAUGCGCCCUAUCCCCUCUAUGCUUCUGGUGGGUAUAUUGCCAUUCGGUGCAAUCUUUGUCGAACUUUACUUCAUCAUGUCUUCUAUAUGGUUUAGCAAGGUCUACUACAUGUUCGGGUUCCUCUUCCUAUGCUAUGGCCUGAUGAUCAUCACCUGUGCAGCCGUAACGGUUUUGAUGGUUUACUUUCUGCUCUGUAGCGAAAACUACCAUUGGCACUGGAGAGCAUUCAUGACGGCUGGAGCAUCUGCAUUCUAUGUUUUUGCCAAUGCUCUUAUGUAUUGGAUCACAAAAUUACAACUGGGUGGUCUAGCUGGAAGCGUUCUGUAUAUCGGAUACAGCGCUUUGAUUUCUUUCUUAUUCUUUAUCCUCACCGGUUCCAUUGGGUUCUUUGCCAGCUGGUUGUUUGUACAAAAGAUUUAUGGGUCAAUCAAAAUUGAUUGA